AUGAAUGUUACCAAUCUAAUCGGGAAAGGAGUACUAUUAUCUACUGACUUUAAUGUGUUAGUGUCAAUUGAUUCUAUUGGUCCGUUUGCGUACAAGAAGAAGGUGUACAAUCUUAUCACUAUGAUUGAUAAUUUGACGAAGUGGGUUGAGGUCGGUAUGUACGAAGAAGCUACCGCGUUAUCCGCUUGGAACAUUGUCUAUAGUAUGUGGAUAUGCCGUUUGGGUGUGCCUCAUAAAGUGCUUACUGACAAUGGUGCCAUGUUCACGGGUCGAGACUUCUGUGAUAAGUUGGAGUCGCUCGGAGUUCGCACUGAUAACGCGUCUCCACAGUAUCCGCAAGGCAAUUCGAUGAUAGAAGCUUUUCAUCAUUAUUUGAAAGGUGUGUUAUCUCGAAGUGUGGUUAAUAACUGGUCAUUUGAAGAAGUCUU